UUAACCACAUUGCUGCCCACCAAUCGACCGACAACCAGGAUUCAAACGGCCGCCGACAUGCGCUAUCUGCACGACUUGAACGUCCAAAUAUCGCAGAACCGGCGAUCCGUCUCCGUUUCCAAGCAAAUGGACCGGGAUCUGUGCAACCAGCACUUCGACACAUUCGAAACCUUUUGGGGACGGCCAGGACAUGGAGCCCGGGGCGACAAGACCAACAAAUUGAAACUGGACAAUCUGCUGUACGGCGCCAGCGAGUCGGCCUAA